AUGGAACGAACAAAUCCGAAAACAAAAAUUCAAUCAGUUCGUUUUCAGGAUAUACUUGUACAAAUUCAAACAGUUGAUUUUAAUGGUAUUGAAUGUUUGUGUUUGGAAGAUGUUCAACGACGUUGUCCCUCCGUCACUGCAUUAUGUUUUGAUAAUAUUCAAUUGAGUUUUCUUCGUGAUACUAAUGGUGAUCAACUUAUUCCAUUGCGAAUCGAAGCAAUCACAGAUCAAAUUAUUGACGCUGUAGAACCUGUAGAACAAUCGAAUGUUGUCAUGCACCGCUUUUUGAACCGGAUCGAUGCUAAUAUGCAAGAAAUGAACAAAAAAACUGAUAUUAUUCUUGCUAAUACACAAGAAACUCUCAUACGAAUAAAACAUGUUAUGACACAAAUGUACGAAUUACAUGAAUAUACUACACCUCGUUAUUUUUUUAUUCUACCAGCAAAACAUCACAAUUGGACAUCGAUCAAUACUGUGCAGAAUAUGUUUCUUCUUCAUUAUAAACUCUACUUCUUAUGUGAAUGCUCAGAUGAACCCGAUAAACUGCACAUAGCUCCACACGAUGGUUAUUCGAUUAAGAAACCAAGUGAAUUCAUUGCUAGUUAUGGAUCGUAUUUACGAACAACUGUAAAUAUUGCUCGAACGAUAUUAUCUAUCGGUGGUGUUGUUAUUCCUCAAUCAGAAACUGUAUCGCCACUUGUAGCGAGUGCUUUGCCACCAUUUACCAAGGAAUCAAGUAAUUACACGGAUGUCAACAGCAAAUUAGAUGUAGUAGAAAAAAUGUUGAAUCAAACAAAUGAUGAUCAUGCACGUGUCGAUUCAUCAAUGAUACAAAAAGCAGUACUACCCAAAGUUCCUCUUCAAGGUGCACAAUUACGAGAGCUUGAAGCUUUUCUGGAACAUGUCGAUGAUCAGCACAGUUUAGGAAACUUAUAUCGAAUCACUACGAAUGAUGGUCACGUCCGUUGGGUAUGUUUGGAACACUAUAAUGCUAUUGGCUAUCAUAGUAAAAUGUCAGAAUAUGUUCGUCAAUUGGAAUCUAUUGGCGGAAAAUUUAGUUACGAAACGAAAGAAGUUAUUCUAACGGGAAAUUUAACGGCUAAGAAUAUUACAAUGUUCUGUGACACGUUGACAAAAGGUUUCACAAUUUUGACGCUCGUACUUGAAAACUGUUCGAUUGACUCAAAAGAUCUUGACAAAUUAUUUGAUGUCAUUAUUAAUCGUUCUUCUAUUCAACGAAUUGUAAUCAUAACUGUUGAAGUUCGUAAAUGGAUGAAAAUGUCGAAAUAUAUUUGUAAUUAUAUGAUGAUUCAUUUAAAAAAUCAAUCAUUGAAAGUACAAUUUUCGAAUCAAUGUCAAACUGAGGAUGCAAGACUACUUGCUCGACUUCUACGACAAAAUAAAAUAUGUCGAACAUUUAAUUUCUUCGGUUAUGAUAUUCCCAUCAACAGUCAAGAUCUGUUACGUUGUCUCAAAGAGACUGGAGAACUAACAACAUUAGUCAUACAUCAUUUUAUGAAUAUAGAAUUCUUAAAUGAGAUUCUUACUUCGAAUUGUUCACCAAGUCGAAUAAAAUUGAGUGAUUGUUUUAAUUUAUCAUCAACUUUAUUUGGUCUUUGUCAAGCUGUUGGGCAAAAUGAAAACCUUGUUGAUCUUGAUAUUAUGGAUAAUACUUGUAUUGAUGAUAAAGCUGCUACUGUUGAACUUUUAACUGUAUUACGAAAACAUAAAUCGAUCAAAUAUGUCCGUCUACAUGUUUUCAAUAUAAAACCGUCAAAUGAAAAUGAAACUUGUCUCAUUACUUCAUUGUUACAAGAUUCAUUUAUUUCUCAUUUACGCAUAUCAGAGUCCAUUAUUUCUCCUGAGCUUAUAGAAGCACUUAUUCAUGCUGCUGAACAACGUCAUUCAUUAACCUAUCUUGAGUUUUACAAUAGUCAAUUAAACUGUGAUACUGUUUCUAGAUUGCAGCUUUUAUAUGCAAAUGAAAGUUUAACUCAUUUAUUCAUAUCUGAACAGCAAUAUUUUUCUACUGGAAUCAUAGAGAUCCGAGAACAACUUAAUAACGAAAUUUCACACUAUCAAAAAGCGAAGCUUGAAAAACAAAUUACACAAGCUUACAUUUAUUCGUCGGUAUGUUUAGAUAAUAUGGAUUUAGUCGAUCAAUACAUGGAGACCAUUGUCAAACAAACGAUUAUAAUUAAACAAUGUAGCUUUAUAUCUUUACAGUUCAAUAAAUUCACAUCAAUUGGCAUAUCAAUAUUAGCUGGUGCAUUAACUGAUAACAAUACAUUGGAAACAUUAUAUCUUGGAAAUAAUUAUAUUUCUGAUGGUGGUGUUUAUUUUCUUGCUAACAUACUUUCAGUGAAUAAUCAUACUUUGAAAACACUUGUUCUUCAAAAGAAUAGAAUUACUGAUAGAGGUGCAAAAUAUCUUGCACGCAUGCUAGAAACCAAUCAAACAUUAGUAUGGUUAUAUCUCGGCGAAAAUGAAAUUAGUGAUGAAGGCGUUCGUGUAUUGGCUCAAACAAUUGAAAAUCAAAAUCAUACAUUAGAAUUGUUAGUUCUCUCCAGUAAUAAAUUAGUGUCAGAUGUGAGUAUUGAUUAUCUUCGUCAAAUGAUCGAACAUAAUCAAUCGUUGAAAAAACUAUGGUUAGAUGAUUGUAGUUUAUCAGAAACAGGCAAACAAACGCUCACUAAGAUUCCAGAAUCGAAGAAAGAUUUUUAUAUUCGUGUAUGA